AAGCAGUGUGUUUAAUGGGCUAUCUUUUAGAAGCAGAUGUUAAUUUGCUUUAUUGUUCUUUCAAUGUGUAAUUCUUCUUAAACAUAAGUAUAUGGGAUUGAGGAAAAUAAGGACGUCUUGGCAAUUAAAAUGUCAAGAAUGAUAAUGAAAAGACUUAAAUAUCCUCAAAUGAAUCAACACGCAAAGAAGAUUCAUUAAGGGUAUGUGAACAAUUUCAUAGGCAAUCCUGGGACAUCCUAAUUUUCUGAAGCUGGUUCACAUAUUUUUUUCACUCAUUUGAUGAGUAGAUCUCCAAGUCUUAGGUGAGUAUCCCCAAGCUCAGUCAUUUUCAGCAUUCAGCAACAUCUACAAUCAUACUGGGAUUUUUCUCAACCUGGCUACCACUAAUACAGAUUUAGAACCAAAGGCUCUUGAUAUAGCCACCAAGGAGCUUAUUGUAGUUGCAAGACCAGGAGAAGUUGACCAGAAACAACUAGUUCAUGCUAAACAGUCAACAAAAGCUCUUAUCUUGAUGAACUUGGAAUCCAGAGUAUUUAAAAGAAAUCUCUUCCUUUCUUAAUUGUUGAUUCAUAAAUUAAGGCAAGGGAUUCAUACUCUGUAGUGAGAUGUUGGUCUUGUUUGUUUACUUGAUACAUACCACAUGCAUGCUGCAGAUGGUUGCCUUAAAAGAUACUGGUAGACAAGUUUUGACAUAUGGUGAAAGGAAACCUGCGGAGCAUCUUCUGAAGUUGGCUGAAGUAAUUACACUGAAAGAUAUUUCUUCAAUAGCCCAAAAGCUUCUAUCAUCCCUGCUCACAAUGGCAUCAUAUGGAAAUGUUUAUUAUCUCCUACCCUACGAUAUAGUUAGCGACAAGUUCAAGUCAAAAAUGGGAUUGCUUUCUUAAAUCAAACUGGACAGUUAUUUGACCUAAUAGUGUGUUAAUAGUGUUCUGCGUCAGCAUUUCUUCACAGCAAGAAACGGGUGGAAAAUGAGGAGAAUGGACAUCAGCCUACUUGACAAUAAAUAGUUCCCAAGAGAACAGCAUGAGUUGUAGUAGUUUUCCCAUACGAUGCACUUCCAUGUUUUCAGGUGCACUCCAGGACUCGCUGUUUUGCUUGGAAAAAAAAAUAAGAACCUCAUUGCACUCCAAUUUUACCAAUUCUGGAUAAGAAAAUUGAGCCUCAAAUGAUCGUUCAUUUCAUCAACUACCCGUGUUACUUCGAUUUUUUCGUAUACAACUUCAGAUUGUUAAGAAAAUCUCUGCGAAGAUCGUGGGAGGGAGGUGCAAAGUUUAGGAUUUCGUAUGGGACUCUUCACCAAGCUGGCUGUUCUCUGUCUGUAAGAAAUGAAAAACAGGGGGAGCAAUUCCAGUUGAUCAGUCAACCGGCUGAAAGGUUUUUUUCCUUUUUUUUUUCUUUUUUAAGAAUUGGAUUCCACCAUCAAAAGUCAAUUUAAAAUUAAAUAAUUUUAUCGAUG